AUGUAUGGGAUUUUAUAUUUACCAUGUUUACUCUUUCCUCUUCAGCUUGAGACCAAAGCAGGCAAGGCUCUGUCCGUCACAGAUGCUCCAGAUCCUCCAGACCUGAAGUUGGCGCUGAAGAGGGAGCGUGAAGAGCACCAGCACCUCCUGGCCGACUCCUACGCAGCUGUGAUGGACCUAACCAAGCAGCUUCAGCUCGGGGAGAGGAACUGGGGCAGAGAGAAGCUGGAGCUGCUGGAGAGGCUGAGCCAGGAGAGAGCUCAGUGGGAGCAGAGGCUGCUAGAGGCCACAGCGCAGCAGGGGAAGAGGAAAGAGACACUGUGA